AUGCCUUCCAGAAAAUUAACCUUCAUUCCUGGUCCUAUUGAAUUUACUGACACUGUCCUCGAGGCAAUGUCUACGCCGUCUCAGGCCCAUACGUCUCCAGAGUUUGUUGCUAUCUUCCAAGAGGCACUAAAAAACACUAGAAAGUUGUUUCAGUCUACCGACCCCGAAGCACAAGCUAUUGUUGUUUCCGGAUCUGGAACUCUUGGUUGGGAUCUCGUUGGUGCCAAUAUUUUAAAUCCCAACGAAAGGGCAUUGGUUGUUUCGACUGGUUUCUUCUCGGAUUCAUUUGCAAGCUGUUUGAGAGUUUAUAUUGGUGACAGAAAUGUUGAGGUCUUGAAGGCCAAGCAGUUCGGUUCUGCUGUCGACACUAGUGAGAUUGAAUCUGCUUUGAAGACAGCUAAAGAUGCAGGUAAGCCUUACAAUGUCAUCACCAUUACUCAGACAGAUACAUCUUCUGGUGUGUUGAGUGAUGUAGCUUCCAUCAGUGCUGUCGUCAAGCAUGUUUCUCCUGAAACUCUUAUUGUCGUUGAUGCUGUCUGUGCCACUGUCUGUGAGAACCUUGAGUUCGAUAACUGGGGGAUUGACUAUUGUCUUACUGCUUCUCAGAAGGCUGUUGGUGUUCCAGCUGGUCUUUCCAUCUCAUUCGCCUCGGCUCGUGCAGUGGAAAAAGCCCUAGCCAAAGAGCAUCCUGCAGGUUUCUACACUGACUUGCAAAGAUGGCUUCCAAUCAUGCGUGCCUAUGAGUCCGGAAAGGGAGCCUACUUUGCUACUCCUUCUGUGCAAUUGAUUCACGCCUAUAACCAGUCCCUUUGUGAAAUUUUGUCCCAUUCUAUUAAGGAGACUUUUGCUGCCUACAAGACUGCCUCGGACAAUUUCAAAAACAAGCUUGCCGAUUUGGGUUUAAAACUUGUUCCUGUGUCUCGUGAGAUUGCGGCCCAUGGUCUAACUGCCAUCUACUUUCCUGAAGGCAUCGACGGUCCUAAGCUAUUGAGUAACGUUGGCGAGAAGGGAUUUACCAUCGCUUCUGGUAUCUAUGAGAACUAUAAGGAUAAGUAUUUCAGGGUAGGCCACAUGGGUGUUAGUGCUAUCGGUGCCAGAAAGAAGGAAUUGGACGAUUGCUUUGAAGCCAUCAAGUCUUCUUUGCAAGAGUUGGGUUACAAGCAGUAA